UUGUAAACACUCACCAGCGGCUUCAUGGAUACAGUCAUCAAACCCGCGCAUCUUCCCGUGUAUAUCACGUUGUUUAUUGUCAACGUCUGAGAUUAAAAUGUCUGUGGUGACGGUUCAGCUGGGUCAGUGCGGUAACCAGGUGGGUCAGGAGCUGUUUGACAUCCUCUGCAGGGACGCACAGGACGGACAGAGGACACCCUACUGCACCGCCAGCUGGGAACGGUUCUUCCACCAAACUACACAUGGAGAGCUUGUAGCCAGGGCUGUGCUGAUCGACAUGGAGCCCAAAGUGGUCAACCAGAGUCGGGCCAAGGCUGAGAGGUCAGGCCAGUGGAGGUACGGGGACACCUCCCACUUCAGCCAGAAGCAGGGCUCUGGAAACAACUGGGCCAAUGGGUAUUGUGUCCAUGGCCCUCGUCACAGAGCAGUGGUGGAGGAUCUGGUGAGACGAGAGGUGGAGCGCUGUGACAGACUUGCUGGGCUCAUGGCCAUGAUGAGUGUGGCAGGAGGCACAGGGUCAGGGGUCGGCACAUUCGUUACUCAAUGUCUGAGGGACAUUUAUCCUAAAAGCUUCAUCCUCAACCACCUUACUUGGCCAUAUGGUACUGGAGAGGUUAUUGUCCAGAACUAUAACUCUGUGCUGACCCUGGCUAACCUUUACCGGCUCUCAGAUGCCAUCCUGGUGCAUGAGAACGACACCGUGCACAGGAUCUGCAGUCAGCUGCUCAACAUCAAACACAUCUCCUUCAGUGACGUUAACAGAGUUAUCGCCCACCAGCUGGGCAGUGUGUUGCAGCCUGCGCUCACUGCAGACUCCUAUGGAUGCUACAGUAGAAAUCCUCUGGGUGAGUUGGUGAGUGCCCUUGCCUGCCAUCCGGAGUACAAGCUGCUCAGUGUGUGCACCAUCCCUCAGAUGUCCAGCUCCUCCAUCGCCUACAGCACCUUCAGCUGGCCGGGCCUCCUCAAACAUCUACGCCAGAUGCUCAUCUCCAACACCAAGAUGGAGGAGGGUAUAGACUGGCAGGUACGUCCGCCUGCUGCCUCUGAGCGAACCAGGAGCCUCACAGGACCCAGCUUUAACAGGUCUGUGGCCAACCUGCUCAUACUGAGAGGAAAAGACGUCUACAGUGCAGAGACGGGUGGUUUUGAGGACCCGGCUCUCUAUACCUCCUGGUUGUCACCAAAAGAAGCUUUCGACGUGUGGAAAUCCCCGAUGCCUUUUAAUAAAUAUGAGAAAUCUGCUACACUGGUCAGCAACAGUCAAGCUCUGCUCCGACCUCUGGACAACAUGGUGGGAAAAGCCUGGAAUAUGUUUGCUUCCAGGGCCUACAUCCAUCAGUACAUUAAAUUUGGGAUAUCAGAGGAAGAUUUUCUUGACAGUUUUACAUCUUUGGAGCAGGUCGUCGCCAGUUACAGUCAACUGUCCUAGCAGUAUAUUAUUAAAGAUAUCUAUCACCUGUUUAUUUUCAAAAAAUGUAAAUAAACCUAUUUUUUUAAGUAUUG